AUGAGAUCUCACCCGGCGCGGAAGUGGCGCGGGGCCGUCCCGCCGUCUAUGCGUCCGGGGUUCGAGCAAGAGGCCGCGAACUCCUUGCUCCUGCUAUCCGGCGCGGGGAUAGCGCAGCAGAGGAAGUACGUUUGCAACGGGUGCAAGCAAGAGUUCGACACCGGGCAGGCACUCGGCGGCCACCGUGCGAGCCACAGGAACCGGAAAGGCUGCUACGCAAGAGCCAAGGAAGUAACAAGGGGCGGCUCCAAGAGGAAAGAGCAACAUCCAGGGAGAAGCGGCGGGGAGACGUCUAGGGCCAAGGAACAGGCGGACGAGGCGGAGGGAGAAGAAGGUGCAGCGGAGGCACCUACGGCGUCAGGGGUAGCGGUCGAGGGGACUUCGAGAAGUAGUAAGAGGAGACGGCGGGAGCAUCGGGUGGAUUUGAAUUUGCCGCCAGUGUCAUCGUCCGACACCGGCAGCGCAAGCUCGUCUUCUGCUGGCAACAGUGCUCCCUAG